GGUGAGCAUGGUAGGGGGGUGGGGAAAGAUAUGAAGCUGGAAGGGUCUGGAGUUUGGAGGAGGGGUUUACACAUCAAACCCAAGCCGCCAGAGGAAAGAGCAAAAAAAGACCCUCUGCCUUGUAAAAAAAAAAAAAAAAAAAACAGAAGGCCAAGAUACAUUUCUCAAGAAAAGGAACAAAUAAGACAGACUGAAUACACUGACGUGUAAAAUAUAGUGAAAAGUUGAAUAUUUCGUUUUCUUCUGGAUCUAUAAAAAGGAAAUCGUGGGGGUGGGGAGUACUGAAGAAUACCGCUAAUUUGGAAGUUUGCUUUGUUUUUUGUUUGUUUGUUUGUUUGUUUUUAUUAAGAGGGGCUGGAAAAAAUGACCCCGUCUGUCUAUUGGUCCCCAGAUCGAAGUCCUAAGGGAGCUGGGGCUCUGGCCUAAGAGGAGCGCGGCAGGCCGGGCACUGGGGCUGGCGGCGCGGCGCGGCGCGGAAGGGGUUAAGUUGCUGAGCGCAGAGCCAUCUGGCCGGGUUGGCUGGUUAUAACCGCUCAGAUUAUGUUCACGGGACUCAGAGUUGAAGGCUCCUCUCCCUACCGAACAGCUCCGCGCACGGCCCCCGCUAGAGAUCCCGACGCAACUACUUUCUUUCCUUUUCUUUCUUUUCUUCCUCUCUUUUCUCCCGUGCUGGGUUGUGGCGGCGGAGGGGUGGGGACUUUGAAUGACAGAGCUUGCGUCCACCUUUCUCUUCAUGUCGACGUCCCUGGAAACAGUCACACGGAUGCCAUGGUUACUUCUGCCACGAUCAUACAGGUGAACAAGGUGAUGUCCAUCUUGUUUUAUGUGAUAUUUCUCGCUUAUCUCCGUGGCAUCCAAGGGAACAACAUGGAUCAAAGGAGUUUGCCGGAAGACUCACUCAAUUCCCUUAUUAUUAAGCUGAUCCAGGCAGAUAUCUUGAAAAACAAGCUCUCCAAGCAGAUGGUGGACGUUAAGGAGAACUACCAGAGCACCCUGCCGAAAGCAGAGGCCCCGCGGAAGCCGGAGCAGGGCGAGCCGGCCAAGUCGGACUUCCAGCCAGUGACCGCCAUGGACACAGAACUGCUGCGGCAACAGAGACGCUACAACUCCCCCCGGGUCCUGCUGAGUGACAGCACCCCCUUGGAGCCUCCGCCCUUGUAUCUUAUGGAGGAUUAUGUGGGCAACCCUGUGUUGGCAAACAGAACAUCGCGGCGGAAAAGGUACGCGGAACAUAAGAGUCACCGAGGCGAGUACUCGGUAUGUGACAGUGAGAGUUUGUGGGUGACAGACAAGUCGUCGGCCAUCGACAUUCGGGGACACCAGGUCACGGUGCUGGGGGAGAUCAAAACCGGCAACUCCCCCGUCAAACAAUAUUUUUAUGAAACCAGAUGUAAAGAAGCCAGGCCUGUCAAAAACGGUUGCAGAGGGAUUGAUGAUAAACACUGGAACUCUCAGUGCAAAACAUCCCAAACCUACGUCCGAGCACUGACUUCAGAAAACAAUAAACUUGUGGGCUGGAGAUGGAUACGGAUAGACACCUCCUGUGUGUGUGCCUUGUCGAGGAAAAUCGGAAGAACAUAAACUGGCAUCUCACCCCGUAUAUAAAUUAUUACUUUAAAUUAUAUGAUAUGCAUGUAGCAUAUAAAUGUUUAUAUUGUUUUUAUAUAUUAUAAGUUGACCUUUAUUUAUUAAACUUCAGCAACCCUACAGUAUAUAAGCUUUUUUUCUCAAUAAAAUCAGUGUGCUUGCCUUCCGUCGGGCCUCUCCCAUCUGUUACACCUUGUUUUGUGAUCUAGCUCCUGGUAGCCUUGCUGUAAAAUCUAUGUACACCAGUUUUUUGCAUUCAGUAUUGUCAAGGCCGUGACUGUCGUUUUAGUAAACUUGUUUAAAUCAGAUGAUGUCAGAGUUGUGUAUAGACACAGUUAUAUCCCCUCCUGGUAUAUCUCAUGCUUGAUUCAUUCUUUAAAAGAACUGUUAUCACCUCUAUUGGAAAUGAUGCCCUGUAGCUUUGAGCUCAAGACUUCGUUUUGGCCAGCAAGCUUGCUACCAAGUACUUACUCGCCUUUCUGGGCUGCAGCUUUGCCAAUUAGAAUCAAAAUUUGCUGCGAUGUUAUGGUGCUGGAAUGAUAACAACGAGCCUGGCAAUUUUCGUUUUGAAAGUUUCUUUUCAGCACAUUUGUUGUU